AACAGUCUUAGCGCGAAAGACGGUCGCGUUUCCUCCUCUCCGCCGUUGUUCACCGCUAUAACGCGUAAAAAACAAGUUUAAACAAAACAUGCGGACAUUUUAAUCAAUAGUUGCGUAACACUUGGAUUUAUCACAGUGGAUAAAGCACGAAAAACACGCAAAAAGAUGUUUUUCCUGCGGAUUACCUUCAGUUUCCUCCUAAUCAUAACCUCAUCAUUCUCCGCAUCGAAUUUCUACCGUCCAUGCACGGAAAUCUCACGUGAAUUACGCCUGCCAUGUCUCUGCGCCAUCGGCCCCGUCGAAUCCGUAUUAGACGGCAACUCAGCCAUCAGCGUCGACUGUGACCGCGUGGUAUUCCCCGGAGAUUUCCCCAAUCUCCCCUACGGUGCCCCAAUUGUCACCUUCCGUCAAAGAAACGCUGGUUAUCAAGCGCUGCCAACGCAAGCUUUCGCACAAUCAGGUUUACCAUUAAGAUCUUUGGACUUUUCCGGGAAUUCACUGCGCAGACUCACAGACAGACUCCUGAAUGGCCUCCAGGAUAAACUUCUGGAGUUGAGGUUAUCUGAUAACCUCCUCGGGGAUACUUUGAACCCGAUUUUCUCCAGCAGUGAAUUUCAUGGUUUGAAACACUUGCAAUUGCUGGAUUUAAGUGGGAAUUCUAUUAAGAGUAUAGAGGAAGGUAUCCUAGAGGGGUGUGAGAACCUCCAGGAGUUGUUCUUGGAUAGAAAUAGCUUGACAGCUGUCCCUGGAGCAUCCCUGAAUGGACCCAAAACGUUGCGGAUACUUAGCAUACGUGAAAAUCGCAUAAGUACCAUCAAAUCCGGCGCGUUCCAAGCUCAAAAAAGUCUUGACAUCAUCGAUUUAAGUCGUAACCUUGUCGCACACAUUGAAGGUGGCGCUUUUGACCGCCUAGAUCGCUUGAAAUCACUUAAACUCGGCCAUAAUCGACUUACAAAAUUCAAUAGUGAUGUGUUUGAUGGUGCGGAGCAACUGCAACAGCUGGAUUUAAGCGAAAACUUCAUCCAGGAGUUCCCCACGGUCGCAUUGAAAGCCUUUCAUAACCUACGAUACUUAAAUCUGUCAUCUAACCUCAUACAGAAUUUAGAUAAUAACGACCUUAUCUCGUUGAUAUCCCUCUACCACUUGGAUCUCAGCCGGAAUAACAUCGCAAACAUCGUCCCGGGAACAUUUCUAGGCCUAAAACAACUCAGAAGACUUGAUAUAAGUGUCAAUUCACUACGAACGAUUGAAGAUGACGCUUUUGAAGGCCUAGAUAACCUUGAAUAUCUAAACCUCAAGGAUAAUAACAUCCUGCUCAUCCCAGCAUCAGCUCUGGGUCGCCUUCCGAGGUUAACUAACCUCCAAUUGGAUUACAAUCGUGUCGCAGCGCUAUCUGGUGACAUUUUACGCUCGAUCGCCAAGCAGGUGACUACUUUAGUGUUAUCCAAGAAUGUAGUUCGUGAAUUGCCCGCUGCGACCUUCGAAUACUUCCAACAACUGCAACAUUUAGACUUGACACGUAACCUGCUGGCAACCCUCAAUACAGACGCGUUCUCCGGCUUGGAAAACACCCUGUUAACUCUAUCAGUCUCACAAAAUCGUAUCAACACACUCGCUGGAAGUCCUCUGUCAAUGUCAAAGCUACAAAAAUUAGAUUUAAGCGAUAAUCAUCUCAGCGAACUCGCAAGAAACGCGUUUUCUGCUUUACCAUCACUGGUACACUUGAAUUUAUCGCGUAAUUCACAUCUAGGCAACAUUCCACAGGUGCUAAUGCAUAAAUUAGACAAUUUACGCGUUGUAGAUCUUUCCCACAUCAAUUUAAAGACGCUAACCAGUGAUUUAUUCGCGAAAAACUUGUUUUUGAGUCAAAUUUACCUCAACGACAACGAAUUGAGCGAAAUACAAGAUGGCGCGUUCUUUAACCUCAAAAAUCUCACAAUCGUGGAUCUAUCACGUAAUAAUAUCAACAAUAUCCGCCAGGGGGCGUUCGUAAACGUGAUGAACAUCAAAGAAUUGUAUCUGAGUGGCAAUGAAUUGACAUCUUUCAAGGGAGAAUUCUUUAAUACCGGCACAUCGCUGGAGAUUCUCGACAUUUCACACAAUCAACUCUCUUAUUUAUUCCCUUCAUCGUUCAGGAUCCACCCAAGGUUGAAAAAAAUCAUCGCAUCGCAUAAUAAAUUCAAUUUUUUCCCUGCUGAGUUAAUCGCUACACUACAAUACUUAAAUUAUGUGGAUUUAAGCAACAACGCAUUGAAAACCAUCGAAGAAUUAGAUUUUGCGCGGUUGCCGCGCCUGCGCACACUUUUGUUAGGUUAUAAUCACAUCGAGAGCAUAAACGAGAUGUCAUUUCAUAAUUCCACGCAGUUACAAGUGAUUGACUUGAGUUACAACAACCUGGAACGCCUGGGUGAGCGCACAUUCGAAGGUUUAGUACGUAUCGAACUACUUAACCUCAAAGGUAACCAAUUGACAGACCUACCAGAGACGAUAUUCGAACGUGCGCGUGUACAAAUGUUAGAAAACAUAAUUCUCGCUGAGAAUAGAUUCGAGCAUGCGCCGUUGAAGUCGUUGCAACGACAAUACUUCUUUGUGAAUUCCGUUGAUCUGUCACACAAUGAGAUCGUGACAAUUCCGACAGAUGACAGCACAAUGGUGAAUAUCAAACGUCUUGAUUUAUCUUUUAAUCCUCUGAGUGCGGAAACAAUCGAGAGUAUCUUCGGCGAGCCUAAAACAGUCAGGGAAUUAAAUUUAGCCGCUACGGGUAUACAGAGUGUUGCGCAACUGGAAACACCGUUCCUACACGCGUUGAAUUUGAGUUACAACAAUAUUUCAUCAUUAAAUCAUAAAAUUUUUGAACGUACCACAUUGUUAGAGUCUCUGGAUGUUUCCAACAAUCAAUUAAGUGAUUUGAGUAAGUUUUCAAGCAUCUGGAACGUGUUGAAGAGCCUCCAAGCGUUGAAUAUCUCCGGAAAUCCGAUUAUAACCGUCGGAUCUAAUGAUUUCGACGGUUUGAAAUCAUUAAGAUAUUUCUCGAUGAAUGAUUUAGUUGAUUGCACGCGUAUUGAGAAGACCGCGUUCAAAUCCACGCCGAAUUUGUCGGUUUUACAAGCGUAUAACUUCCCAAAGUUAGGUUAUCUCGACGUACCUGGGUUGUUGCAACAUCUACCGUCAUUGGAACGUGUGAAUAUUGAGGUUAAGGACGCUGCGGUUGGUAGUGAUCAAUUACAAAGCAUUUUACACCCGCGAUUACGUGAAUUAGGUCUGCAUGGUUCUAGGUUACGUAGCGUGAGUUCUGGAACAUUGUCAGGCCUGAAAGGACAUUCGGUUAUGAUUAGGUUAAUGAAUACGUCAUUGACAGCCUUACCUCCAGCGUUAUUCUUCCCUGUGCCGAGAUCCAGCCAUGUUAACCUUGACGUCACUGGAAGUCAACUGUCAACGUUGAAUCCACAACUGUUAGUGACACUGGAUGAUCGACGCGGUGACUUGAAAGUUUUGGGGUUAGAAACCAAUCCUGUCAUUUGCGACUGUGGCGCUCGUGCGCUGCGACGUUGGUUGCCUACACACAUGACGACGAUACGUUGUUCCGCGCCUGAGCAUCUCGUUGAUAAAUUACUCGUGGAAAUUGGCGAUGAUGAAUUAACUUGUGAUCCACGAAAGAUAACAACGACUACAACAACGACGAAUACACCGGUGAAGACCACCCGAUUGAUUCCGAAGACGACCGAACCUGAAAUUAUCUGGUCUAUCGCAGCGACGGAGAAAACGAAGACUAAAACACCGAAACCAGCGACACCUGUUGGUCAAUCAACAAUAAAUAAUGAUGAUACGUUGAUUAUUGGUAUUGUUGGUGGUGUGGUGGCGUUUAUCACGAUUUUAAUCAUUGUUAUUUGUAUAAUUCGUUUGAGAAUGACUGGGAAUCAGUAUAGAGGUGGGCCGUUGGCAAAUGGCGGACCUGUUGGACCAAUGGGACCAGUGUUAGGUCCAGGCAGCAGUUGCGCCACCUGCAGUGUUAAAGGUGCACCACCAAUGUACGCUGUCCCACCACCGUAUGGACCUGGCUAUGCUGCUACAUUGCCGCAUAAGAUGAACAUGUCAGGCCCGCCUACGUCACGCACAGCGUACUCUACCAUUGGUCGAGUGCCGUAUUCACAGCCCUACUUUAUCGCAGCCUAUCCGUCGGACGAGAAAAUUUAUCGGUAAUAUUUAAGCAUCAGGGACAUUUAUGGGGGAAUUAUUUUAUACAAUACGGAAAACAAUAGUACAAAUAAUUUUAUAUUAUCAUAUUUGAUGUUAACUUGUGUACGAAUUGUGUUUCUGUAACAUUUUGUACAUACAGGCAUGUUUUAUUAGUUUCCUUCUAGAAUUAACGAUAUUUCGUAGUAAUUAUUUAAUUCUUUAGAUUUCAGAGUGUUUUUACGCAGAUUGAUGUUUUAAAUGUACAUAAAAUUUAUGUUGAUUGGAUUUAAUAUAUAAAAAUAUAGAUUUUUUAGUUUU